UUACGGUCCGAUCUGCUCUGUAAAUGCUGAGGCAGGUAGCGGCGGCGGCGCGUCGAGAGCGCGCGUUGCGCAGACACAGGAGGGCGCGUAGAAGGCACCUACCGGCUACAGCUCGCCGAACAGCGACGCGGCGCUCGCAGAUUCCGGUGGCGUGGCUCCAUCAUUACAAAGCAGGUCACAGGGUCACAGCUCAUUCUGAAACUGAGCGGAUCAUUCCCUGACCCUUUUCUUUUCUAAUUUCUUUCUUUUAUUGUUCGUCUUGAGCAACAAGAACUGCAGAAAUUCUGGAUGCCAUACGCUGGUCCGCAUCCACCUUCGCGCUGCUUACCCUUCCUGGCACGUGCGCUGCUCUAUUCAGCCGUACCAGAACUCCACAAGAGCGGCCGUGAUGGCCGUGCGAGCCAAGAGCCAGAGCCGGCAAUGCAUCAGCUUCGGGUUCCUCCGUCAGGAAUGGUGGUGGCUGACCGCCGCCACUGGAGAUGCUGCUCCCGAGUCCCAGUCAUUGCUUCCUCGCGUCACCCUUUUGCCUGCCUGCACAUUGUCCAAAAUGUCGAUGAUGAAUUAAGGCAAUUGUACCUACUACCGGAUAAGUUCAGUUACACAGCGUAUGUGUGGAAAUUGAUUUUAUGCAGCCUAUUCUGCUGGGAGAUGAUUUAUUCAGCAGCCAGCUAACAACAGAUCUUGCAUCCAAGAAUUAUCUACUCAGGACUUGUAUGUCUCUUCUGAUUCCAAUAUACCUAUAUAUCCUGCUUCUUUCAGACGGAUGCAUUGGGCGGACAGUAAUCAAGAGGGAGAAGAAAGUUUUCUGUAGUACCAUGGCGAUUGGUGGUUUUGUGGACUGGAGAGGAAACCCCAUCAAGAGAAAGGUGCACGGAGGGGUCAGGGCAGCAUGGUUUAUGUACUUCCUGACAGUUGCAACAAACAUGGUGAAUGUCCCAAUUUUGCUGAAUUUAGUCACCUAUCUCCGAGGAACAAUGCAUAUGGGAGUAUCGGGCUCAGCGACCACAGUCACUAAUUUUGUUGGUGCCACAUCUGGAUUUUCUUUGAUAGGAGCUUUCCUCUCAGAUUCUUAUAUCACUCGUUCUAAAACUAUACUUCUGUUUGGUCCAUUGGAGUUUCUGGGCUAUGGAUUGCUUGCACUGCAAGCCCACGUUCCAUCACUCCAUCCACCACCUUGCAACAUUGAAGCUGAACUCAGUAACUGCAAAGAGGUCCGUGGCUGGAACGCUACACUAUUUUAUACAGCCUUGUAUAUCAGUGCAUUUGGUGAAGGUUGCAUGCGUGCUUGCUUGCCAUCCCUCGGAGCAAAUCAGUUUGACCAUGAAGAUCUCUCUGAGUCCCGCCAACAGUCCAGCUUCUUUAACUGGUUCACCUUUGGGAUCUCCUUUGGAGGUUUUGUGGGGCUAAUUUUCAUGGUGUGGCUUGCGAACUACAAGGGGUGGGACAUAGGACUUGGCUUGUCUGCCAUCCUAAUUCUGCUUGGGUUGCUUGUGGUCGCAGCUGGCCUCCCUUUCUACCGCAACCAAGUACCUGAAGGAAGCCCUCUAACUCGAAUCCUGCAGGUUCUUGUGGUUGCAUUCAGAAACAGGAGGUUUGAGCUGUGUGAGGAGCUGGAAGAAGCACAGGAAAGCAGUGCUGAGCGAGGCUCUACUAAAGUACUCUCCCAAACAAAUAGCCUCAAAUUCCUCGAUAAAGCCUGCAUUAACCAUGGCAAUGAAGGAGCCUGGUCACUCUGCAGUAUGACGAAGGUGGAAGAGACAAAGAUUGUGCUCCGAAUGCUUCCUCUGUUUGUCAGCUCCAUGAUUGGAUAUGUAUCGAACCCUAUCAUCUUCACAUUCACCGUGCAGCAAGGUGGCAUGACAAACACAAGGCUGGGCAAGAUCCAUGUUUCCCCUGCAACACUCUUCAUCAUUCCCAUCACAUUCCAAAUGGUAAUGCUUGCAAUCUAUGACCGGUUCAUAGUGCCAUUCUUGCGCAAGCGCACAGGCUAUUCCAAUGGCAUCACUCAUUUGCAGCGGAUUGGAAUAGGCUUUGCCUCCAUGGUUCUUGCAUCGAUAAUCGCAGCAGUUGUUGAGAGAAAGAGAAAGGAAGAUGCAGUGCAGAUGUCCCUGUUCUGGCUUGUGCCUCAGUUCUUCCUUCUGGGCGUAUCGGAUGUCACGUCAUUUCCUGGGCUCCUUGAGUUCUUCAACAGUGAGGCGCCUCGGGGCAUGAAGUCCAUCGCAACAGCAUUGUUCUGGUGUGAGAUAGGUCUUGCAUCGUUGCUGGCCACCUUCCUGGUGCAAGUGGUGAACAGAGCCACGAGGCAUGGGCACAAGGGAGGGUGGCUCGAGGGAACGAGCUUGAACAACAGCCAUCUUGACCUGUUCUACUGGGUUGUGGCUGUUGUUGGAUUACUUGGAUUCGUUAACUACCUGUACUGGGCAAAGAAGUAUGUCUACCAUCAGGAUCCACGCAUCAUCGAUGAGCCAUCGGUUGAUCAAGAUUCACCUUAAACUGCUGCACUAGAACCAUCCUUUACUACAGAAAGGUGAAGCGAGAGUCUCGUUAAUGUGCCACUUCUGAGCUGGAAAGUAGUGUCUCAAUUUCAUCCACGAGAUUUCACGGUAAUUUAGGCGUUUAUGAAAUUGUCAUUUAAUUCGUAAUGGAAAUGGGGUUAGCCUCGGUUCGAAAAAAAUGAAAUUGUCAUUUAAAAAGGCAAUCGCCUCUGUUUGUAAUAGAUAAAUGUAACUGGGUGUUUCUCCAUGGCAUGUUUGUAAUACAUAAAUGUUAAAAAUAUGCCAGAUCUGUAUAGCCCUGUCAGCUUGGAUAUGUAUGUAUCAUCAUCACUGGCAGUGGCUCACCAUGAAAUGAAUUGUCUAUGGACAUCAUGGUUCAUAUCA